AUGAACUGGCUGGUUUUUGGUCUUCUACUUCUCAGCGUAUCCUUUGCGAUGGAACAGGACGAGGCCACGCCCUAUAUUUGCGAUGGAAAGGACGAUAGGGUCUGUGACCAGUACCGCUGCAUGUGCCGAAGGAAGCCUUCCACGAAACCGGACCAAUAUUUCACAAGAACCGAGUAUGAAUUUUGAAGAUAAAUUAUA